CGGAGAGGUACAACCUAUAUCCCUUAUCCGAAGGCAGGCUGAGUUUACGGAACACCCCUGAGCAAUGCGAACGCCAGGUGACAGUGAUAAUCAGCUAAUUUUAGUGCAACAGAAUCUACGAACUCUGCCGGAGGAGUUGGUCAAGAGCCAUGCUGACCAUGUGGAGCAGCUGGACUUGAGUUGCAACAGCCUAAAGGAUCUGUCCUGGCUGCCGGAGUUCGAGCAGCUGCAUCACUUGGUCCUGGACAGCAAUCGUAUGCACGAGGCCCACUUAAGAACCCUGACACAACCAAUGCCACAAGUGGAGGUCCUGAUGCUGAACAAGAAUGAGUUCAGUGACCUGCACACGACCAUGCGCCUGAUCCGGAGGCUCUUUCCCAAUCUGCAGUAUCUGAGCCUCCACGGUAACCCGAUCUGUCCCGAUGGCCUGGAGCUGCAGCCCUUCUCCGGUUACCUGCGCUACGACUACGAGUACUACAGUAAUUACAUUGCACAGUCGCUGAGCAAACUGAAGUUUCUGGAUCAUGGGUUGGUUCAACGCACCUACCGAUACGAGAGUUUCCCGCUCAAAAGCUAUAAUGGGAGGCAACUUGUCAAAACAACGAGUUUUUAAGUCUGUCGAAGGAUAAAGUGCAUUUGUAAUUUUAAAUUUCUACUUUAAA